AUGACUGUAGACAAACCGUCCAUAUGUUUGAUUUGUGAUAAGGAAGGAUUCAAGUGGAUCCCCCUUUUAAUGAGUGAAUGGAAAAUAAAAUAUUUGUUUUGUAAUGAUCAGGAGUUAAAAAAUUGUUAUGUGGAAACGUUUGGUCUAUAUGACACAGAAACAAACAAAAGUGAUAACACUUUAAAAUAUUUAGAUGAGCUCAGUCCUGAAAAGAUUCAUUUAUUAUUUUUAGCCUUGUCUACAAAUAAAUAUCACGAAGUAAUAUUAGAAUAUGUAAUAAAUCAAAAAAAAUUUUUUUACAUAUUUAGCUCAAAUGUACCAACAUUAAAUAUUCAGAAAUUGGAAAAGCUGAGAUCCUUACUAAAUAAUUUUAAUGCUCAUACAAAUUAUAUAUAUGAUAUUAAAAAAGAGUAUAAAAAUGUUAAUAAGCAAUUUUAUUGGAAUAUUUUUAAUCCUUUGUUGAACGAGCGUGUAUUUUAUAAUCUUAAGAAUACGCUGAACGACUUAGGAUAUAUAUAUGCUGUACAGAUAGAAUCUACAUUUAUUCCUUUUUCAGUUGAAAAUGAAGGAAUAACAAAUAUAUUAUUAUAUAGAUCUAUUUUAAUAAUUUCUCUGAUUGAAUAUUUAUUUGAAAAACCCAAAAAAGUUCUAUCCAAAUGUUAUUCUAUUAAAAGCGACAAAGAAACAGUUCAUUGCUUAGCUGGUAAUGUUUUUUAUAAUUCCUUAACUUGUUAUUUCAAUAUUUCCGUUAACACGUUAAAUAAAAUUUUUGCCCUCAAAAUAUACGGUAACAACGGGUUUAUCGAGGUCUCAUACAGCAAGGAGCAUAACUGCUUCCAAAUGCAACGAUGUUUAAACCACUAUGAAUACCCCAACUUAUUUGUGGAAGAUUCUUAUAGGAGUGCAUUAAAUGAGAUCAAAUAUUUUUUAGAUGAAAAACUUUAUACAAACAAGUAUAUAAAUGCUUAUAUUAAUGCUGUACAUACUUCCUUGUGUUUGUGGAAAAGUGAUGGGGAAAACAUUGCUCUAGAAAAUUUCCCAGAAAACUGUACUAGCCAAAAUGGUAAUGAACUUAAAAAACAAGCAGAACUGGAUGCUAUCACUGCGUGA